AUGCUUUCCACAUUGAUCCAUUCUGCACGCGAGUGCUCCAUUUUGCGCGCUAUCUCUUUAUGCGCCAUGCUCGCCGUAGCAACUCCCGCAGUGAGUGCGAGCAUAACUUCCAAGCACACGCUCACGACAAAUGGAGCGGGACUGUUUCCAUACUACCGAAUUGUCGCCUUGGCAAAUUUGGGCAAUGGGGUCCUCCUGGCCUCAUACGAUGGGCGCCCAGAUGGAGGUGAUUCCCCAUCACCAAAUUCAAUUCUGCAACGACGGAGUACGGAUGGUGGGGAGACUUGGGGUGAACCGACAUAUAUUGCGCAAGGCCAAGCCAAGACAUCGACACUCCAGCAGUACGGGUUUAGUGACCCAAGCUAUGUGGUUGACUCUAAGACUGGAAAAGUUUUCAAUUUUCAUGUUUUUUCGAAGAACCAGGGAUUUGUCAACAGUGCGAUCGGAAAUGACGAUACCAACCUGAAUAUAGUUAGCGCGGAAGUGUCAGUUUCUACUGAUAGGGGGCUGAGCUGGACCACCGAUCCGGCCCAUCAAUCCUCUUUACCUCCUAUUGCAUCUACCAAUAUUGGCGCACCUCCACUCAUUACAAAUGCGAUCAAGCCAGUUGGUAGUACUAUCAACGGGGUAGCUAACACCGGUGGAAUCACUGGCCUAUUUGCUUCAUCCGGCGAAGGGAUUCAGCUCAAAUAUGGCACAUACGCCGGGCGUCUAGUUCAACAAUUCCUCGGGAGAGUGGUCCAAUUAGACGGCUCGAGGGUCUCACAAGCCUAUAGCGUAUACAGUGACGACAGUGGCGCUACAUGGAACAUGGGAAAGGUUAUUGGCACAGGCAUGGAUGAGAACAAAGUCGUGGAGCUGUCCAAUGGCAACUUGAUGCUUAAUUCACGUCCGAGUGAUAGUAGUGGAUAUCGAAAGGUUGCAACUUCAACAGAUGGUGGUGAAACUUGGUCAACCCCAACAAGCGAAACCCAGCUCCCUGACCCAGGAAACAACGGGGCAAUUACGAAAAUGUAUCCUGAUGCGGCACAAGGUUCAGCCAAUGCCAAAGUCCUCUUAUUUACAAACGCAAACAACAAGACGAGCAGAAGCAAUGGAACAAUCCGCUAUUCAUGUGACGACGGAAAGACUUGGUCUCCUGGCACAGUUUUCCAGUCAGGCCCAAUGGCUUAUUCGACAGUUACCGCGCUCGGCGAUGACAGGUUCGGAAUAUUUUACGAGGGUGAUAACAACGACCUUGUCUAUAUUGAAGUUUCCAAAGAGCUUAUUGGCGUUUCGUGCUGA